AUGUCUGAAAAACAAACGUGGUGGCAGCGGACAGAGAACAUCAUCGAUGCCCCACAACUGGGCUCUAAGAAGAAAGCCUAUGAGCUCAUGGGCCGGCAUGAGGAACAAGUGCUCAUCAACCGCAGGGAUGUCAUAGAGAAGAAGGACGCCUGGGAUGUACAGGAGUUCAUCACUCAAAUGUAUGUCAAGCAGCUGCUCCGCCACCCGGCCUUCCAGCUGCUGCUGGCCUUUCUGCUGGUGACCAACGCCAUCACCAUUGCCCUCCGCACCAACUCUUCUCUUGGCCAGAAACACUACGAGUUAUUCUCAACCAUAGAUGACAUUGUGUUGACAAUCCUUAUCUGUGAGGUUCUCCUUGGCUGGCUGAAUGGAUUCUGGAUUUUCUGGAAGGAUGGCUGGAAUAUCCUCAACUUUGCAAUUGUCUUUAUCUUGUUCAUGGGGUUCUUCGUAAAACAACUCAACAUAAUUGCCAUCACUUACCCUCUCAGGGUGCUUCGGCUGGUCCACGUGUGCAUGGCUGUGGAGCCCCUGGCCAGAAUCAUCAAGGUCAUCCUGCAGUCGAUGCCGGACUUGGCCAACGUCAUGGCCCUCAUCCUCUUCUUCAUGCUGGUGUUCUCUGUGUUUGGGGUCACGCUCUUUGGUGCAUUUGUGCCCAAGCAUUUCCAGAACAUGGGGGUUGCCUUGUACACGCUCUUCAUCUGCAUCACCCAGGAUGGCUGGCUGGAUAUCUACUCUGACUUCCAGAUGGAAGACAGAGAGUAUGCGAUGGAGGUCGGGGGCGCCAUCUACUUCGCUAUCUUUAUCACCCUCGGUGCCUUCAUUGGUCUCAACUUGUUUGUCGUCGUGGUAACCACAAAUCUGGAACAAAUGAUGAAGACCAGCGAGGAGGAGGGGAAUCUGCACAUAACUUUUAAUGAGGUGAAAGAGGAAGAGGACUGGAGUGACGAGCUGCCACUGGUGCACUGUAAAGACGCCCGCAAGGAGACUUCCACCGUCCCCAAGGAGCCACUGGUUGGGGGACCCCUGUGUAACCUCUCAGAAAAAACCUGCGAUAACUUCUGCUUGGUGCUUGAAGCAAUACAGGAGAACUUGCUGGAAUACAAAGAGAUCCGAGAGGAGCUCAACAGGAUAGUGGAGGAGGUGCGUUCCAUCCGUUUCAACCAGGAGCAGGAGGAUAUGAUAAUGCACAAACAUACCUCCAAAAGCCUGACCCUCCUAAGCGAGUCCUCCCCGGAAAUUCGUGACAAGGUGAACAAGCAAGACUUGAUCGCUGCGCUGGCCAGCAGGGAAAAGGUGUACGAAUCUAACAUAAACUUGGUCAGCAUACACAAGUUCAGCCACUGA